AUACACACUGAACAGCAUAAAGUAGUACUCUCUUUUACCCCUUUUGUAUGUUCACGUUCACACUCACAGUCACACUGUUGUGGUUUCUGUUUUCUGAUUCCCAUAUAUAAAAUCACAACCUUUUUCUCUCCUUUCUCGUCUGCGCUCUCCGUGUGAGUUUUUUUUCCCUUUUUUUUUUUCACGUUAUUAGGGUUUGAAAUGUGGAGGGAGAAUGGAACCCUCUGAAUCCGAUUCUGCUGCACUUUCCAAUUCCAAUGGCGAGGACCUGCAAUUGGGUCCUGAGGGGGCACCUUCUUCUGCCCCCGAUGCCCUUCCUCCACCGUCAGAUCUCAAUCACGCGGCUGAGGAAGACUCACUUCGUGAAGAGCUUCAGAACAAGUUGGAUUUGAAUGUUGGGGAAGAAAGUACUGAGAAAGUUUCGGACUUUAACGAUGGUGGAGGAGUUUGUGAUGAAGAAACUGGUAAGGGUGAAGAAGGGUGUGAUGGAGAUAGCAGGGGUUGGGAGAUUAAUAGUUGGAAUGAGGAAGUGGGUGUUGAUGUUGAUGCUGAUGUUGAUGUUGACAUUGAUGGUGAUGGUGAUGGAGUGGAGAAGAAGGAAGAGAAAAGUGGUGGUGGAACUCAUCAAUACCCUUUGAGGCCUGAAGCUGAAGAUUGUGCUUUCUAUAUGAAAACUGGGACUUGCAAGUUUGGGUUCAAUUGCAAGUUUAAUCACCCCAUAAGAAGGAAAAACCAGGCUGUGAAGGACAAGGCUGGAGAAAGAGAGGAAUCUGCAGAAAGACUGGGCCUGACAGAAUGCAAGUAUUAUCAAAGGUCUGGGGGCUGUAAGUUUGGAAAAUCUUGUAAAUAUAACCACACAAGAGGAAAAUGUUCAACAGCACCAGUUUUAGAACUUAAUUUUCUAGGCCUGCCUAUUCGUCAGGGAGAAAAAGAGUGCCCCUAUUACAUGCGCACUGGCUCUUGUAAGUUUGGAGCUAACUGCAAGUUUAACCAUCCUGACCCUACAGCUGUUGGAGGCUGUGAUCCUCCUUCAGGGUAUGGUAAUGGAGGGUCCAUUUCAUUACAAGGUGUAUCACAGCAAUCUGUACCCUCCUGGUCUUCUCCAAGAACAUUAAAUGAAGCAUCCCCUUUUGUGCCAGUGAUGCUCCCGCCUACUCAAGGAAUUUCUACUCAAAGUUCUGAUUGGAAUGGAUAUCAGGCACCUGUAUACCUAUCUGAGAGGAGCAUGCAUCCCCCUUCUACAUUUGUCAUGAACAACCCAGCAAUUGAAACAAAUGUCUAUAUACCCCACCAAAAGCAGAUGCCUGUUGAAGAGUUUCCAGAAAGGCCUGGUGAACCUGAAUGCAGCUACUUCUUAAAAACUGGGGGUUGCAAGUUUAAAUCUAAUUGUAAAUUUCACCAUCCAAAGAAUCGGAUUGCAAGAUUACCUCCAUGCAAUCUCAGCGAUAAGGGUCUGCCUUUAAGACCUGACCAAAGUGUCUGCUCACAUUACAGUCGCUAUGGAAUUUGCAAAUUUGGACCAGCUUGUAAGUUUGAUCACCCGAUAAGCUCACUGCCCUUGAUGGUGCCUGGACUUGGUCAGCAAUCCUACUCAAAUUCAGCUAGUGUUGAGGUGGCUGGGAUAGGUGAAAGUGCAGGUGCAAGUGAUGCCGCAAUUCAGCAAUCUGUGUAAACAUUAUUUGUCAAGGAUCUUUCUAGCUUUGAGGAUGGAUAUCACCCAGAAUUUGUAGUUUUCUUCCUAAACAUGAUAAAUUUAUUUAUCUUUUGUCUGGCUCUGCGCUAUGCAAUGCAAGCUUUGCAGAGAAUAGCAACAUACAUAUGUCAAACAGUUUUUUUAUGUAUUUAUUACAACCUCUGCAUCUGUAGAUUAUCUUUUGUUUUCUGGUUUGGUUUCUCUCAAUUAGUUCAGUGUUGGAUUAUAAUUAGACUGCUUUGAAUGGUUGUGUGAAUGUGCAUUUUCUUGCUUUUCAGUUGCUAAUGAGAGGUUAUGAACCUUGAUUUGUUAGAAUGGCAACUAUACAUCUGCUGGAAAAAAAAAAGUUGAACGAAACUUGAUGGAGAGGUGCAUUUUUUUCAGUUUGUAGAAAGUUAACCUAAGGAAUUGUGAUUACCCGUUUGGUAACUAAAUUUGCAAAACCAGAUGGGCGGAAUCAUAAAGAAUUGGGUUAUCUUGCCUGCUGGGCAUGCUAACUACCCUUGAGUUUUUAUGAUUUUAUCACGUU